CAGGAUGGAGUUCACACCACUCUUAUUGAUGCUCUCAGUAUUAAUGAUCCCUUCUGAGGCUGCACAAACAGCAGUCUCUCUGAGGGUCAGUCCCAGCAGAUCUCAGUUCUUCAAGUAUGAGUCUGUCUCCCUGAGCUGUGAGGAUCAGGGGAGCUCUGCUGGAGGGAGGGUGAGGAGGAACACCACUAAGAGAUGGCUGGAGGCGUGUCCUGCUGACUGGGGUGUUGCUACAGCAGGCUCCCUCUGCUCCAUCCAAGACACGUUCCCACACGACACUGGAGUGUACUGGUGUGAGUCUGAAUCAGGGGAACACAGCCAUGCUGUCGACAUCACAGUACAUGAUGGAGCUGUGAUCCUGGAGAGUCCUGUCCUCCCUGUGAAUGAGGGACAAGCUGUGACUCUACGCUGUAGAUACCAGACACCUCCCUCUGACCUCACAGCUGCCUUCUACAAGGAUGGAUCUCUGGUCAGGACUGAGGCUGCAGAAGAGAUGACCAUCCCUGCUGUGUCUACAUCUGAUGCAGGGUUGUACAGGUGCAGCAACUCUGAGCUGGGAGGAUCUCCAGAGAGCUGGCUGGCUGUGAGAGCACCACCUCCAUCUCCUACUUCACCUCCAGCCCCCCUGCUGUCUCUGCCCAGACUGCUGUGUAGUAUCCUGGUGUCUCUUCCCUACCUGGUGGUCACUGUCCUGCUGCUGGAGAGGUGCUGCAGGUCUAAAGGUGUGUGUUCAGCAGCUAAGUGUGAUGAAGAGGAGCUGUAUUGAUGUCACAAAGUGACCAGGUAGACCUGUUAGCCUCCCCAUCCCUAGUCUCUCUGUUAGCAUAGCUAUCAUUAGUCUUGUGUAGAGUGAGGUGUCUGCUAGCCUAGCCACCACUCUGUUAGCAUAGCUAUCAUUAGCCUUGUGUAGAAUUAGGUUUCUGCUAGCCUAGCCACCACUCUGUUAGCAUAGCUAUCAUUAGCCUUGUGUAGAAUGAGGUUUGUGCUAGCCUAGCAAUCUGUCUUGUAGGCUAGCAGAUUGAUAGAUGUUUACAUUGUUGGAUGUUUUUCGUUGUUUUACAUGGAAAAAUGAUGCACUGAUGGGGAGUCAGGUGGCUGAGCGGUUAGAGAAUCGGGCUAGUUAUUUAGAAGGUUGCCGGUUCGAUUCCCGGAUGUGCUUAAUGACGUUGUGUCCUUGGGCAAGGCACUUCACCCUACUUGCCUUGGGGGAAUGUCCCUGUACUUACUGUAAGUCGCUCUGGAUAAGAGCGUCUGCUAAAUGACUAAAUGUAAAUGUAAUGUAUUGUUGCUGUUCAGAUGUAUUUGUACGUGUUCUCAGGAAGACAACAUUUUGUCAGCUUCUGUAUAAAUAGCCUGCAGAGGUUGGCAUGUCUUGGAGUGUUGAGGUGUGUGUGUGUAUGUGUGUGUGUGUAUGUGUGUGUGUGUGUGUGUGUGUAUGUGUGUGUGUGUGUGUGU